AGUCAGUGCUUUAUGAUCGGUUAGGAUUGCUAGCAGAAGAUGAACGUGAAACUACUGAAAGGCAAGAUGCUUUUACUAGUAGAUCGUUUGGUGUCCGCGGUAGCGAUGAAAUAGAUGAUGAAACUGCUGCUUUGCCCUGCAAUGAUUGCAUACCACAAGAAAGGGUAUUUGUUUGCAACAGAUCAAAUCCAAUAAUGAAGAUUGGUAGUUUGUACAAGGAUAUGAAAGAAUUCAGGCUGGCUAUGAGGCAAUAUGCGAUCAGUAAUGAGUUCGAGUUAGGAAUUGAGUCAAGCUCACCUUUCAGAUAUAGAGCUUACUGCAAAGGAGGUGAUUGUCCAUGGAGAAUCAAUGCAAGGCUACAGAAUGCCGGGUCUCCCACAGUAGUGGUUACAGUAAUCGUGGAUCAGCACACAUGCACAUCAAGUGGUCGUCGAAAAACAACAACACCCACGAGCUCAUGGGUUGCAUCCCUAGCACUUCCAAUCCUAACGAAGAAACCACAUAUGGGAGCAAAAGAAUUGCAAACUACCUUGCAAGAGCAACACAAUUGCACAAUUUCUUAUGAUACAGUGUGGAAAGGUAAAGAGAAGGCCCUUAGAGAGUUGUAUGGAACCUGGGAGGAUAGCUUCAAGUUACUAUUUAGAUGGAGAGAAGCUGUUUUGGAGGUUAUGCCAGAUGAAAGGGAAAUAGGAUAA